ACGUGGGUCUGAACGAAGUAGGUGUGCGAAGUUGGCGACACGGUUCCAUUGGUGUCGAUAGUUGCAGAAUGGACGGUAACACGGAUCCACCGUCGGACGUGACAGCAAUGGAUAGUGAGAAUAAUAAAAGAUCAAAGACUCAACGAAAUUCUAAUGAUAUGACUAAUACUGCAUCAUCCGGGACGACUACCUCUAGUGCCACAUAUUCUACGACGCAAUCCGAUCAACCAAGAGAAUAUUGCAGUCAACGCUCAAUAAGGGCUGGUUCAGCUUCUCCACUCCCUACAAAUUCCUCCUCGUUGUCUUCUUCGUCGUCAUCGUUAUCAUCCUCCUCCUCCUCCACACCGCCACUACAGCCGGGGUGUGGCUGCGUUGCUGCCACUGUCCUCGAACCUGACGAAAUUACUAUCAGCAUCACGCCGACCACCGGUGGACAAUUUGACCUUACAGUCGAUCGUACUGAUACCGUUGAGAACCUUAAGAAGAUCAUCUCGAAGAGGCUGAAGGUCGCAAAGGAACGUAUUUGUUUACUACAUCGUGAAAGACAAUUGCGCGAGGGAACACUUGAGGAAAAUCGUUUGCAAGAUGGCAGUCGACUCACAUUGCUUCCGAGCGUAGAAACCGGCCUAUUAGCACAACGACCGGAACAAAGUGUGAUGCAAGCAUUAGAAAGUUUAAAUGAUUCUCAAGUGAACGAUUUCCUUUCUGGCAAAGCCCCUUUGAAUCUUACCAUGCGAUUGGGGGAUCACAUGAUGUUGAUACAAUUACAAUUAUCCACUGUAACUCCGGCCUCACCAACAGCCAAUCAAACAACUAAUAAUACAACCGGAUUAACUAUCGGUGGAAACAGUUCUAAUGGAUCUAACUUAUCAACCAACCAUGUUUCAACUUCUUUGCAAAGUAGACGAUCUACUGUCCUGGCUGCACGUUCUAAUAAUUCUGCGAAAUUACAAAGUGGUACUGCAGCUGCGAGGACAUCUUCUUUGAUAAGCAGUUUGGCUUCAGCAUUACAUGCAGCAGCCAGUUGUAGUACCAGUCUCUCGACAGCUACUACUACAACUAGUCCAGUUUGUUCGAGUCGUGCUACAACUGUUUCUUCCAUUUCCUCGUCGUCCUCGUACUCACCAAUUAGUCCUUCACAUUCGUCUCUUUGCGCUAAUCAACCACCAUCCGCUCGAAAUAGUAACAGCCAUGGCUCAAUAUCGUCUAAUGGAAAUUCUAAUGCCUGUCAAUCUUGCCUUCUAUAUCACCAUCACCAUCAUCAUCAUCAUAGUCAUCAUCAUCACCAUCACCAUCAUCAUCACCAUCAUCACUCAAGAAAUAAACCUAUCAGUUUAUCCAAUAGCAACCAAUCUCUUUCAUCCUCUAUGGACCAUUUGCAACAAUCUACCUCUACAGGACACGGAUGUAUAGAACCAGUAUCCUAUGACAUAAUUCCGCCGAGAAAAAAACUCUGUCCUGCUCAUCAUCAUGGUCAACAAUCUAAUGAUACAGACUCCUCAAGAAGUAAUAUAAUGGAUGGCGAUAUCAAUCUCCAGAGUCCUACUUCUUCAUUAACUGAACAAAAUUCAAAGGCUGCAACUUUAGACACCAGGGCGCUAGCUGAAGCUUCUCGUAACUUGACGCAGAAACUGAAGCAACUCUCUUCUGAGGUACUCACCUCACGGGUCGACCUCGCAGAGGAAAAUGCAAGACGCAGACAAGGUGCAAUAAUAGAGAGUAUGCAUCAUCAUGGAAAAGGUGUAUAUUCUGGUACAUUUAGUGGGACCUUGAAUCCAGCUCUUCAGGAUAGACAUGGACGUCCUAAACGAGAUAUAAGUACCAUUAUUCAUAUUCUUAAUGAUUUAUUAUGUGCUACACCAGCUGCCACUGCAAGUCAUUAUAGGCAUCAUCAUAGACAUACUAGCAAUCGCCAACAGUCAUCAACCUCUCCGUCCUCGAAUGGAGUGACAACUAAUGUGAAUGGUGCCUCUACGUCUAUUGUUGGUUGUCACAAUUCCUCUAAUCCUGGUUAUUCUACUGAAGAAUUAUCGAAAGAAAAUGAAGCAACUAAAGGAAAAAUGAGACGUCUACGAUUAGUAAUGGAACAACGACGUGCUAGAAGGAAAGCUAGAAGACAAGCUGGGGCAGCACCAUAUACUACACAAUGGGCGGCGGUAACACCAGAUCCAGAUCCAAACCAUGAUCCAAACACGUCAAGUACCACUGCAAAUGCAACAGAAUCUCAAAACGAGCCAGACUUGCAACCUUGUAGUCCUGAACCAGUUGUAGCUUGAACAUGUGAUUUAACGAAGAGUAGUAAUUAUAUAAUGUAAAUCCAAUUUUUAACUAGCACACUGAUUUAUUGAAGAGCAAAUGGACAGAUUCUAUCGCUUUUCACCGCAUAUAUUUGCUUUUUUAUACCAAGAAGAAUUCAUUUUGAACUAAUUUCCACUAAUUUUAUUUAUAUAAAAAAAAAUUAAAAAAUUGAAGUUAUUUUAAUUACAUUUAAAAAGAUUGGGCAUAUUAUCUUAUUCUUAACAUAUGAAA